UGGAAAAUUAGCGUGAUGUCACGUUGUAGGGGUGAAGGCGACGCACAAGGACACGAUCUCCCAUACCCCUUUUCCACCAACAGGGAACGGGUUCUAUUCUUGUUCAGACUCGACCAUCUUUGCAUGAGCUGUGCAUUCCCAUACUGGGCAGGCAUAUUUGGCAGCAGAGAACCGGAGAGCCAGAGCUGUUCAUCAAAUGGUCGUUGGAUCAAAAUGGAUCCCCAUUUUGAGCUGGCGAGAGACUUGCUGCAUCCGAGUGCGGAGGACGAGAGGAGGCGGCACAAGAAGAAGCGACUUGUCCAGAGCCCAAACUCUUACUUCAUGGAUGUCAAAUGUCCAGGUUGUUAUAAGAUCACUACAGUGUUCAGUCAUGCUCAGACAGUGGUGUUGUGCGUAGGAUGCUCCACAGUGUUGUGCCAACCCACCGGAGGAAAAGCACGCCUCACAGAAGGAUGCUCUUUCAGGAGAAAGCAGCAUUAGUCUCUCACUUGCCUGCUUACGAAGGAUAUGGGAGACCAAAGAAGAGAAAUUGGAUUGGCCAAAGGCUUUACAGCAGCACCCAGGAUGAACCCACACCUCGAGUCAUGUGAAGGGGGGAGGGGCUGUCUCAUGGAGCUGAAAUCCAGCUGUAGUGUGUUGGCUUAAGGUCUCAUUGUAACUCAUGACUGCCAAACCUGUUUCUCACUUUAAAUCCUUUAAAUAAAGUUUUUUUUUCCAUUA